AGCCGAGCUCCGGACACGCCCACCUGCCGGAAGCGCCGGAGCUGUAUCUCAAACAGGGUUGCUGUUUGACAGGAUCGCUGCGAAGGCGGACGGAGGGACGGACAGGCGGUGUGGUCAGCGCGGCGGCUGAGGGCCGGAGUCGGCAUGGCGGAGGGCGGGAGCCCCGAAGGGAGGGCUGGCCCAGGGCCCGCAGGUCCUAAUCUGAAGGAGUGGCUGAGGGAGCAGUUCUGUGACCACCCACUAGAGCACUGUGAAGAUACGAGGCUCCAUGAUGCAGCCUAUGUGGGGGACCUCCAGACCCUCAGGAACCUGUUGCAAGAAGAGAGCUACCGGAGCCGCAUUAAUGAGAAGUCUGUCUGGUGCUGCGGCUGGCUCCCCUGCACCCCACUGAGGAUUGCAGCCACUGCAGGCCAUGGCAACUGUGUGGACUUCCUCAUACGCAAAGGGGCCGAGGUGGACCUGGUGGACGUCAAGGGGCAGACUGCCCUGUAUGUGGCUGUAGUGAACGGGCACCUGGAGAGCACCGAGAUCCUCUUGGAAGCUGGCGCUGACCCCAACGGCAGCCGGCACCACCGCAGCACUCCUGUUUACCAUGCCUCUCGAGUGGGUAGGGAUGACAUCCUGAAGGCUCUCAUCAGGUAUGGGGCGGAUGUUGAUGUCAACCAUCACCUGACUCCUGACACCCGGCCCCCUUUCUCAAGGCGGCUUACCUCCCUGGUGGUCUGCCCUCUGUACAUCAGUGCUGCCUACCAUAACCUUCAGUGCUUCCGGCUCCUCCUGCAGGCUGGGGCAAAUCCUGACUUCAAUUGCAAUGGCCCUGUCAACACACAGGAAUUCUACAGGGGCUCCCCCGGGUGUGUCAUGGAUGCUGUCCUGCGCCAUGGUUGUGAGGCGGCCUUCGUGAGCCUGCUGGUAGAGUUUGGAGCCAACCUGAACCUGGUGAAGUGGGAAUCUCUGGGCCCAGAGGCAAGAGGCAGGAGGAAGAUGGACCCUGAGGCUCUGCAAGUCUUUAAAGAGGCCAGAAGUGUUCCCAGGACCUUGCUGAGUUUGUGCCGUGUGGCCGUGCGAAGAGCUCUUGGCAAAUACCGACUGCAUCUGGUUCCCUCGCUGCCGCUGCCGGACCCUAUAAAGAAGUUUCUGCUUUAUGAGUAGGAUUCAGAUGCAGUGUCGGCUGCAGUGAGGACGCCCAUCAUUGCGGUGAAGUUGACACAGACUCCCGCGUCCUGUGAACUGGGUCCUGCGCUGCCGGCUUCUUCCCUGGCUGUCCGUGAAGAUGAAACGUUGGAUUGUGGUUCCGUCUCAGGUGCUUGGGCCACCGAACACUCCUUGAGUCAUCGUCAACGGAGAGGCGCAUACACACUUAAUUUUGUUCUUCAGUAUCUCUGUUUUGGAUUUGUACUGUUAUAUGUUAAUGAAAUGGGCUGUGCAAUGUGUGCAGUAUGGGGUGAGCUUGCAAGCCUCGUGGUAGCCCUAGUGGGGAAAGGUUGUCUUUUCCAGAGUUAUGCUUCUAUUUAUGUUCCUACUUUGCAGUUUGAUUGUUCUCUUAAGGUCUGAUAUCCAAACAAGAAGAGUUGUGGUAAGAAAACAUGUAGGGAGCAGAGAUGCAGUUCCUGCACUUGCUAGUCUGUUUUCCUGCCGCGUUUGUCUGUCUGUGCUGUCAGAUGCAUAGCCCUUCUUGCCGCUGCCACACCCUCUCAGGAGUGUCUUCACUCCAAGAUGGUUUCUUGGCUGCAGACACUGCCUCCAGGGAGGUCCCAGCACAGCCUCUGCAGUGUAGCACCUGUCCUGGAAGGGUUUUCUGAUGGAUGUCACCCUGGGGAUCUUCAGACUGGGAUUCCCUUUAGGAGGCCCACCUGGGACUAGCUGGGAAGUGACUGCCCACAUUCAGACCAGGGAUCAUCCCAAUAGCACUCACUGCCAGUCCUCACAGGAUGACAUGACACUGGGGUGCUCCAUGCAGACCCUCCCAUACAGAAAGUGGGAACUGUAUCGGCCACCUGGGUGGCUCCAGGCUCCAGCUGUUUGGCCCCCCAGGCUGUUCCUCCCUCUUUCUGGUCCAGUGCCUUGUGGGCACUCCUAGAGAUCUUUCCUCGUCUUGCCCAGAGUUGUUGGUGAGUGAGAGAGAUGAGCUUGUUGCAGGUGUGAGGGUCAUGUGCAGGUGGGUCAGGAACUAUGCAUUACUUUAAGCAUCCUCAGGUUGCUCCUGUUUUGGUAAAGUUGUAUUUUGUCAUUUUGAGCCUCUUAGGACUGUUGUAUGGAUCUGUGCUGAUUGUAGACUUAAGAAUAUUUAGGUACAAGCAGAUGUUAAAUCUGUUUAGAUUUUGGCCAUAAAAGAAAUCUAACUUGUAAUGAUACUACUUUACUGUUGUACCAUCAUGUGGUUUAGCUGACCAGAUGGGCAGUGAUGGUCAUCGUAUUUUGUGGAUGGAUUUCCAAACCCUGUCCUAGUGUCUCAGAAUGGCCCUGUGCAGCAGCAGCAGCAGCAGCAGCAGCAGCAGCAGCAGCAGCAGCAGCAGCAGCAGCAGCAGCACCAAGCUGAUCCAAAUGCACUACAUGGAGUUCUAGUGGGCCUUGCCCAGCCCUGGCCAGUGAGUACUGUCUCUGGGGAGAAUGAGCUAGGCCAGAGCCUGCGUCUCCCCAGCCUUCCCCUAGCUGUUCUGUAGGUGGCCCAGGCCUCAGCUCUUCACUGGGCUUUGAGUCGCUUCCCCUGUGCUAGGUUUUUUAGAAUCUCAGCACUGUGAGGUUCUGCUGCUUGUUCAAAACUUCCAGUUGGUGAACCUGAAUGUGAAACGGCAUUGGUGCUGACUGAGGACGUUCUUCCUUGUUUCCAGUAUCUCUGUGAAAGCACCACGUUUGGUGGUUAUCAAGGAUGAGGGACGGUGGGAAAGAGCAGCACCAUUGCCGUGAGCAGCUCCGGUUCAUGAGAGGCAGGCACCAUGGGAAGUUGAUGUGGCCUUGGAGAGGACUGCAGCUUUACUCGGCAGGCUUGAGCGCUGGGUACCUGUGUCCUCCCAGCAUGCAAAUGUGGCAGACCUGAUGAAACUGCUGCCUUCUGGUUGAGCCAGCCCUGGCAGAGGAGCUCAGUGGCCCAGAGGGAAGGAGCCUGACGGCUGUCCCUGCUCAUCUGAGGGGCGUCUGUGUGAUGGUUGCUGUUCCUGGGGCAGCCUCUUGAUUUAAACAGAGGCUUGUGCCUUGAGUUGGCCAGGCAGGCUGGAGUUUAGCUAGUACUGAUGCCUCAGAAUUUGGUGUGCUUUUAGACAUUUUUCCAGAAAUCUACCAUUGUCAUACAUUUUGUAGCUAUUUUACUUGUGAUAUUUGCUUGCUUGCUCAAUUUAUUUAUUUAUUUAUUUACUUAUUUAUUUACUUAUUUAUUUAUUCAUAUUCUUCCAUAAAAGGGCUUAAGGUGGAGAUUCUUUUUUUUUAUAUUUAUUUAUUUAUUAUGUAUACAGUGUUUUGUCUGCACACCAGAAGAGGGCACCAGAUCUCAUUAUAGAUAGUUGUGAGCCACCAUGUGGUUGCUGGGGAUUGAACUCAGGACCUCUGGAAGAGCAGCCAGUGCUCUUAACCUUUGAUUCAUCUCUCCAGCCUCCUCUUGUUUUGUUUUGAUAUUAGGUAAAUUUAGGCGAAAAUACUUGUUAGGUAAGUAAUUAGCAAUUUUCAAAUGUUGACCAUUUCUGUUAUUGGGCUUAAGGACCAUCAGUUUCAGAGUUUUCCCUCUGCUCUUUUGUGCAUGAUUUUUCAAUGUAAAAUUUUUUCUGAAAGAAAAAGUAAUGAGUAUGGUUCUGAGCAGAGAAAAACAUGCCUGAGAGCUGCCCCGCCCCGCCCCGCCCCGCCCCACCCCAGCCAGUUCUUGGGGCUGUGCAGGCCCCACUGCAGACAGGAGGACCUUCCCGCUGUGCCAUUCAGUGGACUCUGGUGAGGUCCUGUGAAAGCUGACACAGGCGAGGACUUUGGGAGCGGGCUCUGUCACUCGGGAACGACCUCGUGGAAGUGCACUUACUGUGGGGGCCGGAGGUCUGGAGAUGCAGGGCUGACCUCUGGUGAGGCCCACAGCUCAUCCGAGGAGAGCUGUGCAGGGGGAAGGAUAAGGACAGCAUGUAACACUCGAGGAAAUCACAUUUCCUUAGCUGACUGGACUGUCUUUAGUCUGCCUUCAUGCUCUUCCUGACAAAUAAUGGAAUGUCUGCUUGAAGGUGAUGGUGCAGGCUAGGUCUUUGCAUUUAAAUCACUCUUGAUUGCAAUCCACAGAAGGUUUUUGUCUUUGUUUUUGUUUUUUCCAAGUUUGCUUGUUGCUGAAAUCCUGGCAUAAUCGGGCGGUAGUGGAUGUUACAAACUAAUGAGAAAUUUGGGAUCUUAAAUAGCCUGCCUCAUGGAGGUGAAAGGCAUUACAGCUUUCCCACUGCCUGGGGUCCAAGUGAUCUCGAGGAUCACUGCGAAUGGCCUGAGAAGUCUGGACAUGCUUUUGAUGGACCUCUACCACCCCAAAUUCACGAGGCCACCCAUAGGAAGUCAGUGUGACCUUUUUGGUGAGGAGUGCUUGUCCCCUACUCAGGCCUUGGGAACCAGUGGCACCAAGGAUGCUAGAAGAGCCAUUACUGCCUGCCCACUGGGCACUUGGUGGCUAAUCCCGGCCUGAGGGGUCUAACGACUUUCCUUCAUCACAGUGAUUCCUGGAAGUGCCUCUUGGUGUGGGAGCUCCUUUCUUGCCCUUGCUCAUUUCCACCUCACUGCUCUCCUUCCCACACCCCUUGUGUGCAGUAAAGUAGUGGGUGAUUUGUGGAGCAUUUGGUAUAUGCUCUACCCUGACAGAGGAUGAUGAAGUGAGGAGGGUCCAGGGGAAUUUCUGUGCCUGACACUCAGUGUCAGGAAUGCACCCGGAUCCUGUGCAUGUGAGGCGAGCACUCUACCACUGAGCGGCGUCUUCAGCCUCUUGGUUUCUUAGAUAAACCGAGUAAUGGGAGGAUGCUUGCAAAUCUGACUUGAGCUGGGCCUGUGAGAACAGAGCUUUCUUGUCCGUGCAGCCAGCCCUGCUCCCCCUGCAGUGUCUGCCCGGCUUCCGCUGCUGCUGCUGGUGUUGGCGUGUGCAGCGUCUGCGCUGGGCUCUGUGUGCUUGUGCUGCAGACAUACUUUCACCCUCCCUUCCCUAGUGGGGGUGAGUGUGAGCUUGUUUGCAGUGGCCAGGACAGAUUGUUUUUGCCCUUGUGCCUAGUUAAGAGCUUUCCAAAGUACAAUGACAUUUUUGAUACAUUGUUAUAAUAAAUGCUUUAUUGCUCUCUGAUUUCCUUCCAAAAUGCCUUAAUUUUGUGGCCUGUGUCUCAUUGGGUAGAAGCUUCUUCCACGUGCAGUCUUUUAUUUACAUUCAUUCAUUCAUUCAUUCAGUCAUUCAGUCAUUCAAUCAGUCAGUCAGUCAUUGUGUGUGAUGUGUAUGUUUGUGUGUGCACGCACUCCUGUGUAAGCUGUGGUGUGGAUGUGGAGGUCAAAGGACAACUUAGGGAAGUGGUUCUCUCCUUGUACCAUGUGGGUUCCAGGCAUUGAACCCAGAGAGUCACAUGGUGGAAAGUGCCUUUAUCCUGAGUCGUGUUACCGGCCCCCGUGUGCAGUUGUGUGCACAGUUGGAGUAGAAAGGACUGACUCCUGCAGUUUCCUGGGACUGCAGAGGAGGCACUGACGCAGGAGCUUACAGCUGUUCAGGAGAUCUUGGUUGGGGCUGCAGAGGAACCCAUGGUGUUGCCAGGAUUAAACACCUAACACCCUGUUUGACCUGGGGGCCUAGUUCCUGGACGGAAGAGGUUGCAUCUCACAGCUUUCCAGCCAGUAACAUUGUACAGCGUCCUGUGCUGUGGGGGCAUGGUGGACACUGCCAUUUUCUGUCCCAUGUUAUAUAUGACUUAUUUUGCCUGUUUGAUGGUAAAGAUGUGCAAUUUGGGAUAAGCUGGAGAGAAUGAGCUGAAUAAAGGUAUUUCUUCAUCUUGA